UUCCUCGGUUUACCUUAGUUUCGCUUGUCAAAGGUCUGAAUAAGCAACGUUGUUUCUAUUGGCGAACAUGUCGGUGGAAGGUGAAUUUUUCCUAUCCGUUACCGGCUCCAUCGAGCACGCUGAGUUCUACGACGUCAACAAUGCGUACUGCAAGUACGGCUUCCACUUCGGACCGGAAUGGAGCGUAAUCGCGGGAAUCGAGGAGGGUCUGACACAGAUGUGCAAAUGCAGUGACGAUCCGAGGAAUCUCGCCGUUUGGAAUUUUCCCCUGGAUAUUACAUUCAGGAGCACAAAUCCACACGGAUGGCCGCAGCUUAUCAUGUCGAUUUACGGAUUGGAUUUUUUCGGCCAUGACGUCAUCAGGGGAUACGGAGUGUGUCAUUUGCCGUUCGAAACGGGACAUCAUGAAAAGAGGGUGUCAGUCUACGUACCGGAGUCGUCAUCUACGCUGCAGCAUCUCGUGGCAUGGUUAACCGGCAGGAGGCCAGAAUUAAUUGAUCCCGCCAUAUUGGCAUCCGGGAGCGGCAGAGAACUCACACGCAUGAGAGUCGAGGGAAUCGUCACCGUAACGUUCAACGUCGUUUUGAAGGACUUGUUCAAGCUGGGCUACGACAAUGGCGAGAAACGAAAGACGCGAUAACGCAACCGUAAAUCCUCCCAGCCCUCGGGGGAGCGAGCAUUAUCUUUGCCGGGGGAUUAUCCAAACGAAAGAUUACAAUAUGCAUUUUGUAAGUGACGCUUUUAUAAAUAAUCAAGACGCGUUUCCCCGGCCGGAUCCGCCUUUUCCAUUACGCUUGAUGUCAACCUCAUUAGAGCAAAAAUACGGAAGUAUAUUAAGAACAUAUUUCCAUGCUAAUGGCCGUCCUAUGUAAAAAAAAAAAAAAAAAAAAAAAAAAAAAAA